UGUGACAAAUAAAAAACUACACCAAUCACUUGCAAGAGCUCUGAAUUGAAACUAAUAUUGUUAUUUUGUUUACUUAUUUAAAGAUCGUUAUAUUUUGUGAGUUUUUAUUUUUAAUUAGUUUACACAUUCAGCCUCAUGCAAAUUAAUAAAAUGAGAGUUUUGUCACCUUACAUCUAUAAUACACCGCCUGGACCAUUGCGACCUGCUAAAUUGGCAAAAUAUCUUGCAAGAUCUAGAUUUAAAGCAAUUCGUUCUUUUGGAGCUUCGGGAAGUGCAAUUCAAUUGUCCAAUGAAACAGCCUACAGCGAAGCCAAGAUAUUUCCUAAACCCAAUCUAAGUCACAUCACAACUAAUCAAGCUGUUCAACCACAAUCAUCGAAAGUGUUUGAUAAUUUUGUGAAACCUGAAAAAGUUAUUUCGAACAAACUUAAGUUUAAAGUCAAUAAUUCUACAAUGUCUACCUCUACUAAUGAUGCAAAUAUAAAGUUAUAUCAUCGACCCUCUUGGAUUAUCAUGGAUGAUGAAAGUGAAAAGAUGAAUUCCUCACCACCGCCAACAAUAAGUUUAAAUGAAAGAUUUUCCAAUUUACCAGUGAAAAAGAAACGGGACAAAGAAAAAGGUAAACAUAAAAAGAAGCGAACUCGACGAAUUUCGAUUCCCUCCAAUACUUGGAUUAGUAUUAAGAAUACCAAGGACAACAAGUGUAAACAGAAAAGACGAGCUCCAAAGGUUGAUGAUGACGAGGACGACAAUGAUCAAGACCAAAUUGCAUCAAUUAGAGUAAAAGAUGAUUCAUUUUCUCAUUCGGAGUAUAGCAGUAAUGGUUUAAAUGAUAAUGAGAACAACUGUGGAAGUAUUCGCUCAGAACCAUCAAUAUUAGAUGAUUUGGAUGUCAUUUCUGCUGACAUCGAUGACAAUUUACUUGUUGAUUGUAUGCUAAAAGAUUGGAGUGACAUGGAUUUCAUUCUGGACCCGAAUUUCCUGGAUUUGUCUAAAUUAGAGGAAUCUAUGAUGUCAGAUAAUUAAUAUGUGUAAAAAUUCAUUCAAAGUAUUCAUUUUUUAUUCGCUUUUUUUACCAAAUCUCUAAUUUCUUGAUCUUCUAUAUUUUCUAUCAAAUUUCUAUAAAACGACGACUAUCAUUAAUGAUGCAAUAAAAUUCUCAUGCAAUUUUGGUAAAUUUUGAUCAAUGAA